AAUUUCUGCAAAAUGUAAACAAAACUGUGGAAAUUUUUGUGUGUGUUUCUAUGUGAAAAUUCAAGAGAUGGAAGAGCAAAAUUUCGAUCCCAAUGAGAGUUUCGAUGAGGCUAUGAGCCCCGUAAAUAUUGCUGAAUCUUCCGACUCUGACGAUGAUGCUCCGCUCAAGAAAAAGGCUUUUGUUCAGAAAUCAGACAAGCCAGCACCUCCAACACAACCAGAAGAUACCUCAGGUCAAAAAAUCAGGGCCAAUGAGAUACGGAAUCUUCUUCAGUACUUGAAAGAUCAUCCCUACACGCCGGACAUCACCUACGAAACCUACUACCGGAGGUACCUCAAGCUCCAUCCGGAAGCUCUAGUUGGGUGGCAGUGUCUCUACUCGAGGGUUCUGGGUAUGAGGAGACAGUACAUGCUCACGAAGAAAUGGCUCCAUGAAAAUGUGGCGGAUAUUGACGAAAAUGAUAUAGAAAAAGAAGUGAAACUGCGGUGUCCGUUCUUCUAUGAAUUGGAUGAAGUGUUCAAAGAUAAGGCAUUUCACGUGGGUCAGGCAUCACAGGAAUCCGAAGGGAAGAAACCACAGAGAGAUACUUCGGUGAGUAAUGGUGUGACUGUAGAGCAAUUUCCUGAGGUGCUUCAGGACAGGAAUGACGAGAUUGAGGUAAAGCGAUUGGAAUUUGAAAGGAGGAAACUCAAUUUUGAGAGCAUGAAAUUUGAGAAGGAGAAUGCCUUGGCGAAGGAAAGGCUGCUAUUCGAGACGAAUAUGCAGCAGAAGGAAAUGGAGUUGCGGAAGUACGAAAUUGAGACAAAGCGGAUGUACGUGGAAAAUAUGAUGGAGGUGCAGAAGAUGAGGUUGGAGAAGGAGGAGAGACUGAAGAUGUUUCGUAUUGAGUUGGAGAAUAAAUUCAAGAGUAGAGAGCAGAAUAAAUAAAAUUUCCUGUUUUACCGCA